AUGAGGGAAGGAACUAGCAGACGAGCCGGCUGGUCCGCAGUUGGAGAGUGUCACCGGUUCGACGAAGUCACGUUCCGCGCGGCGGUCUACGACAAAGAGUACGAGUACGACUUGCGGUUGGACAUUGUAGCUUGGGUUUGUGUUUAUGGGUUCGAUUCCGGCGAAGAAAUGGAUAAAGCUACGACGGAGUUGAUCCAGCCGGAGGAACCGUUGAAGCUGUCCCGGCUCGGCAAUACCUCGUUUUCGAUCGAGAACCUCAUCGCGGGCAGUACUACGACUGCGACACGGAGUCAAUCUCCGGCGGAGCGGUUCCCCGGUGAUUCCGCGGGUCAGUACCUGGCCGCCGGAUACAACGCGGCCGCGAUGCUGUCCUUUACGAACUUUCCGCUGUACAAUCCGUGGGUCGGCUAUCUGUCCCAGACGGCCAACGAGAAGCUGUCCCAACUGUUUGCCCUCGGUGGAAGUGCUGCUGUUUCAAGUGCUGGUGAUAAACAACGUGUCGCUCAUAAAUCAGGAGUGGGAGUGGGACCAAGUGAUCCGACGCCGGAGUCUGCCGGUAAUGGCCUGGAACAGUACUUUGGGGCUGCCAACGUGAGGCGGUCCUUUUACGGGGAAAGUGGAACCAACAACAGUGGAAGAAUAUACCUGAGGAAUUUCAAUAGUGACCUUGCGGCGACCGGAACAGCCGGACAGCCGGAUUCAGUGCAGCAGGACUCGCAGGAUUCGAGUCGGCAGUCGUCGUACUUGAACAUUGACAGGGACGAUGAUGGAGAAGAGGAGGGGAUGAUAAGAGGGGGAGGUGGUGGAAUCGAUAGCAACGACGAUGGAUCGUACAGUGACGAUAUUAGUUUGUCCAUGUCGCCGACGGGGUGUGGGAAAAGUGGAGAUCUCGAUGAAUCCGACUCGGAAGCGUGCUCCGACGACGAGGCGAACCCAAAAUCCUCGGGCGGCGGCGCUGGCGACAACUGCUCCAAGUCCCGCCGGCGACGAACUGCCUUCACCUCGGAACAGCUGCUCGAGCUGGAACGGGAAUUUCAUGCCAAAAAAUACCUUAGCCUUACGGAGCGCAGCCAGAUCGCGACCAGCCUCAAGCUGAGCGAGGUCCAGGUAAAAAUCUGGUUCCAAAAUCGACGCGCCAAGUGGAAACGGGUCAAGGCCGGUCUCAACUCGCACGGACUGGCCAAUCGGGGCGCCGGAGGAGCAGGUGGACCCGGUGGAGCUGGGACCGGAGGUGGUGGUACCAAAAUUGUUGUUCCUAUUCCGGUGCACGUGAACCGGUUCGCGAUUCGAUCGCAGCACCAGCAGAUGGAGAAGAUGAACCUGGUUGGACCAAAGGCCGAGCUGCGGAAAGAUCUCGGACUGGAACCGAGCAGCUUCGAGCGGUUUGGGCUGGCCAAAGUGAUUGGAGCACCGAAACCUCAUCCGCCGCCGGCGGGUACUUUUUGA